CCUACAAGAACCCGAUUCAAAACUAGGAAAACAACUGGAUGUGGCCGAUUACUUAAUAUGCAAGCUGAUUUGGUGGAUAUGCAAAACGUAAAAAAGGCUAACGAUGGAUAUGCUUAUAUUUUAACAAUGAUUGAUGUUUAUACACGUAUGAUUUAUGUUGAACCUCUAAAAACUAAACGUGGAACUGAAGUGGCAACAGCUUUUGAAAAAGUUUUCAAAGAAUUCACACCCAUUCAACUUAUAACUGAUAAUGGCGUAGAAUUUUAUAAUUCACAUUGUAAAGCACUUUUUGAUUCUCUGAGUAUUGCCCACGGCUCUACAAGUUCAUCCCAAAAGGCUGCCAUGAUUGAGCGGGCCAAUCGAACAAUCAAGACACGUCUUUCAAAGUACAUGUAUUACAAGAACGAUGAUCGUUGGAUACAUGUUAUUCAAGAUGUAGUCAAUGGCAUUAAUCAUUCUUACAAUCGUUCAAUAAAAAUGCGACCUGUAGACGUGACAGCCAACAUUUUUAUCGAGGAUUACAGUAGCGUGGCCGUGCCGAAAUAUAAACUGAAUGACACUGUACGGAUUAACAAAUAUC